AUGAAAGUCUCAGUCAUCUCCCUCCUCGCGUUCAGUUCUGCUGCUACGGCGGCCAGCCUGACCAAGGUCCAGCGCCAGGACUCCCUGCUCUGGCCGUACGCAACCUACCGCUACUGGGUGGACAGCGGCCAGUGGAAAGAAGACCCGCAGGACCAGCUCCUGGUCGUGAAGAACGGUGUUAUGGCUGACGAAACAACUACAAUCGUGACCUUUGACAUUCCCGCUGACGUCGCGGGCCGCACCUGCAAGUUGCUCUUCGACCUCUGGGAUCGUGAUGUGUCGACUGGGACGCAGCAGGCGGACGUGUUCACUGCGACCAAGCCCACCGGCGCAGAACGGGCUGCGGUGUCGGUCGAGACGGUCUCGAAGCAGACCGCCGAGUUCAUCGUGCAAUCUAGAGAUGAGCAUAUCGGUCGCAUCCAUGUCACUGCGCCGGGCACGGCGAACUGGAUUCAGAGUUACCAGGGAUAUCCUGAGUUUGAAUGUCCCGCGGGACAGAUGGUCGGGUUUGAGUUUGUCGGCGCAGGGGAUAAUGUGUCGCUUCGCUGGGAUAUUGGUGUGACUGGACCUCGAGUGCAAGUUGUCUGA